AAAAAGGGUUUUAAUGCAAAUUUUUCCUUUUCCAAUUAAUAACUUAGCAAAUUUACUCUUUAGUCCUUCGCCUCCCGCUUCCGCCACUCUCGCUCACUGGAUCAUCGCCGUCCGGUGAAAAUCUCUCACAGCUGAAGGACAUUCUCGUUUCCAAUUUUGUUAAAGACGAAGCCAUGAAGAGUCUGAUAUGGUUAACAGCAGAAGAGGCUGCAAAGAACAGAGGAAAAGUUCUUUCUUUGUAUCGACAAUUACUUAGGAGCAUUAACUCGCCAAAAUUGCAGCUUAGUUAUGCUUCAAGACUUGCGAAGAAAGCUGAGGUUAGGACCAUCUUCUUGUUUGGCUCUGAGGAGAUUUCGAAACACAAUGUCGCUGAUCUCAUCCGUACUGGUGAAUAUGCUCUUUCUCAAUUGAAACAAGGCAAAAUCCCCAACAACUCUACUCAGUAUUGAGUCAUCAUUGUCACACAUCCAUGGAUAUAUAUGGCUUCACUUGCUGCUCUUUUCUAUCUUUGUCAUGUUUUUGGUAUUACAAGAUGAUGGUUUAGCAAACAUGUCGUAUGUUUUUGCAUAUUGCUCAGUGUAUCCCAAUAAUCAUUAAUGAUAAGUUUGAGAAGAACAACACAAUGCAUAAGUGAGAUUGUCCAAAUUGAUGAAAACUCAUGUAAAAUGAUAUUAGUAGAAUGCUUUUUUUUUUG